UGGACAGUCACCUGUCUGAGAAGGUAUAGGUUCUCCUGCUUGAGCACGGGGCUGGACUAGAAGACCUCCAAGGUCCCUUCCAGCUCUAUUCUGAUUGAUUGAUUGAUCUCAUUGGGGUGGGGCCCUAAUGUCCAUUUGUCCAAGGGCUGUGCUGAGCUCCAGCAUGGCUGAACAGACUCCAAGGCUUGCCGUGGCCCCGGUCGAUUCCGGAGUGAGUGCAUGCUGUGUGUCCCUGCAGCUGCCUUCUGAAGCCUCUGGGUGGGACUGUGCCGGGCCCUUCCCCACUUUGCCUGUCUGGAUAAUAACCAAUUAAUCUUCCCCGAAGUCCUUCGUGGAUGCACUAACCACCUCCCUAACUCCUCCUUUGCAUGCGCCCUCGUGCCCUGGACUGACGGAGGCUGCCCGCCAUGUGCCAGGGAGCUGCUCUCUCUGCUCAUCAAUGGGCCGUCUGCGAGGGCAACUUCACCUGCACGGACAAUGAGGUGUGUGUGAGACCCAACGAGUGUCGCUGUCGCCACGGCUAUUUUGGGGCCAACUGCGAAACCAAGUGUCCCCGACUCUUUUGGGGCCCGGACUGCAAGGAGCUAUGCAACUGCUACCCCAACGGGCAGUGUGAGGACGUGACGGGCCAGUGCACCUGCAACGCCAACCGCUGGGGGCCUCGGUGUGAGAACGUCUGCCUGUGCAAGCACGGGAAGUGCGAUCAGAAGACGGGCAAGUGCUCCUGUGAGCCAAACUGGUGGGGGGCCCAGUGCGCCAGCGCCUGCUACUGCAGCCUCAACUCACAGUGCGAUCAGAAGACGGGCCUCUGCAUCUGCCAGCCGGGCUGGUGGGGGCGCACCUGCAACAAUCAGUGCGCCUGCAGCACCUCGCCCUGCGAGCAGUUCACAGGGCGCUGCCAGUGUCGGAGCCGGACUUUCGGCCCUCGCUGCGACCGCUACUGUCAGUGCCACAUGGGGAAGUGCAACCAGGUGGACGGGACCUGCACCUGCGAACCGGGCUACCGGGGCAAGUUCUGCCGCGAGGCCUGUCCGGCCGGCUUCUACGGACAAGGCUGCAGGCGACGGUGCGGUCAGUGCAAGGAGCUGCAGCCGUGUACACUUGUGGAUGGCCGUUGCCUGGCCUGCGAAGCUGGUUGGAACGGCACCAGGUGUGACCAGAUCUGCUCCCAGGGCUUUUAUGGCGAGGGCUGUGAGCAGACCUGCCCCCCCUGUAAGGACGGCCACACCUGCAACCACAUCAACGGCAAGUGUUCCCACUGCAAUCCAGGCUGGAUCGGAGACAGGUGCGAGACCAAAUGCCGCAAUGGGACGUACGGCGACAACUGUGUCUUCGUCUGCAGCAGCUGUUUUAACGGGGAGUGCCACUUUGAGACCGGGAGGUGCCUCUGCCGAGCCGGAUUCCACGGGAUGUUCUGCAACCUCACCUGCCCAGCUGGCCAUUAUGGUGCAAACUGCGCUCAGCAAUGCGAUUGCCACGAGGACACCUGCAACCCCUUCACCGGCAUGUGCCACAUGGAGGCCAAUCAGCGGAUGGGAGUGAUUGGCGCCGGAGUGCUCCUGGUCUUCUUGCUCUGCCUCCUCCUCUCCCUGUUGUCCUGCUGCUGCAUUUGCCGCAAAAAGGAUGAGGCCCGGGACAUCCGCCAGGACUUGGCUCAUAAAAAACCUUCAAGGCGCCUUUGCGGACAGUUCAGCCAAAUCAGCCUGAAGUUGCCUCGUAUCCCCCUGCGCCGUCAGAAGUUGCCAAAAGUUGUAGUGGCUCAUCAUGACCUGGAGAACACCCUGAACUGCAGCUUCAUUGAACCUCCUUCUGUGGUGGAUCAGCCAUCACCCUCCUGGUCAUCCAGGGGCUCCUUCUCUUCCUUUGAUACCACAGACGAAGGACCCGUCUACUGUGUUCCGCACGAAGAGAGCGCGAGCGACCCCAAGGAGCAUGUCUCGGCCCCGAGCAGCACCCUGGAGAAGGCGCCACAACCGCUACGCAAGGGGCCGGCGGAGGCGGAGGAAGCUGGCGAGUACACCGUGCUAAAGGAGAGCCCCCCGGGCCUGGUGGACAGCGGCGAGGCGCCCCUGCUUAAGUCCUCAGACAGCGAGCGCUCCUCCUGCGGCUCUGGUUCGGUCAGUGGCGCGCUCUACGCCCGCAUCGCGCGCCUCUCCAGGCAGUCCCGGGAGGAGGAGGAGGCCCCGGCGGCGGAGCCCCGGCUGGCCAAGCCCCCCUCCCCAGAGCGGGCCAAGCCACCCCCGCCGGACCCCUCCACCAAGCCCAAAGUCUCCUGGAUCCACCACAAGUACAACACGGCCCAGAGCAACUCCCUGCCGGCCUCGGGCGCGGCCGAGCUGCAGGCCGAGCGCCGGCCCGGCCCCUCCAAGCGCAAGAGGAGCCCCGGCGAGGCCGCGCGGGCCAAGGAGAGGGCCCCCCGGCCCCCCCAGGAGCCCGGCAGCCCCGAGGGCCCGCCCUGCCCUGCUCAGGCCAGGCAGCGCAGCCGGACCGGACCAGAGCCCACCGAGAACCUCAACGGUGCCCUGCACUCCGCGCUCAAGAGGAUGGGGGGCCCCGGUGCGGAGAGGCGGCCGGCCGAGGCGCCCCGGAGCCCCACGCAGCCCAAGGCACCGCCUGGCUUCUCCGCCGAGGCUGUCACGCUGCUGGCUGCACAGCUGAAGGAAAAGACCCAGAGCCUCCAGCGGGGCGAGGCGGGCGCGCGGCCCAACGGCAUGAGCCCCCUCCCGGCCCAGCGGGAGAAGCCAACACCCCCACAGAAGGCCAGGCAGGCGGGCACCGCCCCCAGGCAGAAGGCCGGCAAGCCGCUGCUGCCCACCUCCGCCCCGCUGCAGAAACUGCUGGGGCCCGGCGAUCCCCCCGCCGCCCCCGCCACCGAGCCCAAGAGCGGGGAGAAGCCGGCCAGCAGCAGCCCCGAUGCCAUCCCCAUGCCCGGAGACCCCGCCGUCAAGAAGACGCCCAUCAAGAAGCCGCCACGCAAGAAGGGCCGGGAAGGGGUCACGGAGCCACCCAAGGGAGCCGCCCCCCCUCCGCAGACUGUACAAUAGGGGAGGGGAAAGGAGAAGCAGGACCUUCCCAGGGCCAGAGGGCUGCUCUCUCUUUCUGGGCCAGCGGAGACCCCGCCUCAAAGAGAGCCACAGCCUCCUUCUGGAUGGCCUCCCCCUGGGAUGGGUUGGGGGGCUUUCGGGGACCCAGCGCUGGCGCUGGGCUCUGGCAGGGAGGGAGAGGUGGAGGGCUUUCUUUAAACCAGCCUUAUAACUGCA